AUGUUUAAGCAGUACGAAUACGUACCAACCAAUUAUGAGCUGGUCACUCCACACGAGACAAGCCCAGAGAAGACUCUCUUACUUACGCUCUUGUCCAACGGCAAAAACAACCAUGAAAAGUGUCAUUUCGUGUUCGAAGUGCUGCGUCCAAAUGUGUUUCGUACCACUUUCACCACUCAAGAGCACUCAUUACCGCCGUAUCCCAGCGCAAACCGUCUGAAGCCAUCUCUCGGAGAUGUCAACCCCGAGGUCAGCGUUGACGUAGAAAAGCAUUCCCAAACUAUCAACCUUGGCCAUAUAAAAAUUGAUAUCAAUUGGUCGAACACGCCAAUUGUCUCUCUUUCUAUAGACGACCAGAAGAAGCCGAUCCAUCGCGAUCUAGACUUCCGAUCAUAUACGGUCGAUGGCACCGGAAUCGCGCAUUACACGACUUACAAGUCGGAUAGCUUACACGUUGGGCUUGGAGAGAAGGCCGCGCCGAUGGACCUCAGCGGCCGAGGGUUUAAUAUAACUGCAAGCGAUACUUUUGGGUACGAUGCUUACCGGACAGACCCUUUGUACAAGCACAUCCCUCUGCUAAUAAACGCCACUCCCGAUGGUUGUGUCGGUAUCUUCUCGACUUCUCAUUCCCGAGCAACCUGGGCUGUUGGGUCGGAACUAGACGGACUGUGGGGCCAUUACAAGGUCUACCGACAAGCCCACGGCGGACUUGAAGAGUACCUUAUCGUUGGGAAGACCAUUGCCGAAGUUGUGCGAUCUUACGCUGAGUUGAUAGGUUUCCCGUUGCUUGCGCCCCGGUACAUGAUGGGCUACAUCGGCGGUGGCAUGAAAUACAGUAUGGAGGACUCUCCGCGCGCAUGCGACUCCAUCCUCAAUUUCAUCAAGAACUGUGAAAAGCACGGCAUGCCGUGUUCGGCUUUUCAGAUGAGCUCGGGGUACACGGUAGCCGAAACCGAGCCCAAAACGAGGAACGUCUUCACUUGGAAUCGCCACCGCUUCCCAGACCCGCGGGGAUUCACGCGCGAGUGUCACAAGCAUGGUGUUCGUCUUUUGGCAAACAUCAAGCCGUACGUUCUGGCAACCCAUCCAGCUUAUACGGAACUGUCGCAAUCUGGUGCUUUCUUCAAGGACCCCUAUACUUCGACUACUGCAGUCACGCGACUCUGGAGCGCUGGAGGAGGAGAGAGCGAAGAGGGUAGUCAUCUUGAUUUUACUUCCAAGGCGGGAUAUAAUUGGUGGUACAAUGGAGUAAAGGCCUUGAAAGAGGUUGGAAUUGACGCCAUGUGGAAUGAUAAUAACGAAUACAAUCUUCCCAAUGACGAUUGGCAAUGCGCACUCGAAACUAUUGCCGUGCCUCCCGGCGAACCUCGCAAGCAUGUUGGGUUCUGGGGUAGAGCAUUGCAUACUGAGCUCAUGGGUAAGAGCUCUCACGAUGCCGCGAUCGAAAUCGAACCCAAAGUCCGUCCUUUCGUUCUCACCCGCAGCGCGACAGCGGGAACCAUGCGAUAUUGCGCUAGCUCUUGGAGCGGCGACAACGUAACAAGCUGGGAAGGAAUGAAAGGCGCGAACGCGUUGGCGUUAAACGCAGGGUUUUCUUUGCUUCAGUGCUACGGCCACGAUAUUGGCGGCUUCGAAGGUCCUCAACCUACGCCGGAGCACCUCGUCCGUUGGAUACAGCUUGGCAUCCACUCGCCACGUUUCGCUAUCAAUUGUUACAAAACCAAUCCGGACGACAACCUUAUAGGCGAGGUGAUUGAGCCGUGGCAAUAUCCGUCUGUGGCGCCAAUCAUUCGAGAUGCGAUUGAGCGUAGAUACGAGCUGAUACCAUAUACGUACUCGCUCAUGUUAAAGUCUCAUCAGGAGGCAAUUCCACCUCAACGAUGGACUGGCUGGGGUUAUGAGUCUGACCCUGAGGUCUGGACUAAGGAGUUACUAAAAGGCGAUACUCAAUACUGGUUUGGGGAUUCUCUGCUCAUUGCAGGUGUCUACGAGCCCGGCGUCUCCAGCGCAAGGGUUUACCUUCCAAAUCAAAGCGGGAGCGACCUGGGAUUCUUGAACCUCACGGCGCCAUAUCAGUAUCUCGAAGCCGGUAGAUGGCACGAGAUCUCUUCGACUUGGUAUAGCUCGAUCCCAGUACUCGCGCGUAUCGGGUCCGUCAUUUCGACGGGAAAACCUAGGCCAACUACGUGCAUUGCUGCGGAAGACCCGGAAUUUCCAAGUAUGGAGAAGGACGACUAUCGGGGAGUUGAGAUUUUCCCUCCGCCGCAGGCCCGAUACCCUCACUGGCCUAAGGGUAAUGAAAUUUCGAGUCCUGAUCACGCUCCUGCGGAGAUAAAAUGGUUCAGCAACACGUGGCUCGAGGACGACGGCGUAAGUCCAGCGGAUAAGCCAACGCUCUGCGAGGCUAGUAUCGACUACGGCGUAUCAAGUGAGCAUAUCCGCGCCAGGGUGGUUUUGAAGAAAUAUAGCGAAUUUGAGCCGUUGUGGGUCAAGAACGGCGUCACGUUGGUGUUACCCGUUGGCGAAGAGCGCCCUGUGAAAUUAGAAAACGGCGGAGAUGUUGAGGACUUGGGACGUGACAAGAAGAGUCGGCGCAUCUGGAAGAUUGAUGUCGAAGUGAAGGGUUCCAAGGAAAAAGGUUGUGCUACCACCAGUAUGGACGAGUUUGCUCAGCUGGCCCGCGAGAACUUCGAGGUCUUCCAGCGAUAUGGCGACGUGGCGCUCGGUUCCGACCCCAAGCUCCGCGUCAUUUCCAUGUGUGCGUCGCCCCAGGAGCCGAUAACGUACGACGAGAAGGAUUUGAAGCUCAGUCACUUGCCCAAGUUCUUUAGGGGACGACCUGGUAGUGAGAACUCACACAAAAGUGCAACAGCUGCGCCGCCAGCUGCCUCCCUCAAACUAGUCGUAAUAGACAGCCGGCUGGAGUCAUGGUCUACCCCCUUUCCGUCGCUCUGGGUCACGAAAGACAUCUUUCUCGGCCUCGUCGACGCGAUGCACAUGAGCCCGGCGGCGUUAUGGCUUUUGCGCAGCGAAUAUGACGGUUUCCAUUAUUUUCCUUCUUCCUCUGCGAUUUACGACAAGGUCGAGGGACAAGAGGACGCGACGGCGGAUGUCGACACAUAUUAUGUCGGGACGUCUAAUUUCGUGCUGGUAUGGACGUUUAACCAGCAGACCCUACAGACGCACGCGUUGUGGAUUCUACGACAGCAGCAUAGCUUCAGUAGCAGCGCGCCUGCCGCCUGGUUUGUUAACGUGCUGAGGCGGCACCAGGAACACCUACGAUCGCCAUUCCUUCUAGCAUACGUAACGGCAUUAAGCGUGUGCUGCAUGUUCGACGGCGAAAUCUCGUACCGGGCGCAUAUGGUACGGCUAACAGAGCGCGAGACGGGCUACAGCCGGCACUCUAGUAGUAUCGAAGAGCGUCUAGGGAUGGAAUCAAUUACAGUUUAUAUCAAGGACGUUGGCGAGGUGUUAAACCACAUCGCUAACAACGAGCGUCACUUCCGCCUAAUAGAUGUCGUUUUGGACUUUGUCCUCGACAGUGCGUUGAUGCCAGAUGCAGCAGCAGUCGGGGACGAAAGCACACGGCGUUUAAUAGCAACUAUACCUCUAUUAAGGAGGCGCAUGCACGCCUCACAGGAAUACCUAAAAUACCUGAAGGAGCGCGCCGAGCGUCUUUCGACCGUGCUCUUCGCACUCCUAACGCACGAGGACUCGGCAACAAAUGCCGAGCUCGCAGAUGCUGGCCGGAGGAUCGCAGAGGCGGCGCGGCGCGACAGCUCGAGCAUGCGGACGGUAGCGAUAAUGACGAUGGCGUUCCUGCCCGCGACGUUCUUUGCCGCGCUAUUCGCGCUGCCGUCGCUAGACUGGCACGCCGAAUCCGCCGCCGGCGUCGUUCAGAACCCCGGGUUCUGGGUGUAUUGGGCGUUUACGCUGCCGUCUACCGCGGUCGUAUUCGGUCUGUGGCUGUUGCUGGAUCGCCGGAAGAGUGAUGAUGGGAGAGAUAGGGGCGAGGAAGUCGUGAUAGAGGGCCAGCUGCGUGAUGAGGGGAGGCCGCGGAGUGGUGAGGGCAAGUUAGGAUAG